UUCUUCCAGGCACUGGAAACGGUUAACUUACGACUACGUGAACUUUACCCUGAAAGUGAUGAAAUAUUUGAUAUAGUUCUGAUGACAAACAACCAUGCGCAAGUAGGUGUGAGGCUGAUAAACAGCAUCAAUCACUACGAUCUGUCAAUUGAAAGGUUCUGUAUGACUGGUGGGAAAAGCCCAGUUGGAUAUCUGAAAGCAUACCUCACCAACUUGUAUCUUUCGGCAGAUUCUGAGAAAGUGGUAGAAGCAAUUGAAGCAGGGAUUGCAGCAGCGACUAUGUUUCAGAGCGACAAGGACCUGCAGCUUUCAGAUCACCAGCUGAGGGUGGCAUUUGAUGGAGAUGCUGUUCUUUUCUCUGACGAAUCGGAAAAGAUUGUCAAGGCUCACGGAUUAGAUACAUUUUUUGAACAUGAGCUGAAGUUUGAAGACAAGCCUCUUGCCCAGGGUCCUCUCAAAGGAUUUUUGGAAGUAUUGGGGAAACUGCAGAAGAAGUUCCACGCAAAGGACUUGCGUUUGAACUGCCCCAUCAGGACUUACCUGGUCACAGCACGAAGUGCUGCAAGUUCUGGAGGAAGGGCUUUAAAGACUCUUCGCAGCUGGGGCCUGGAGGUUGAUGAAGCACUCUUCCUUGCAGGGGCACCUAAAGGGCCACUCUUGGAAAAAAUACGCCCUCACAUUUUCUUUGAUGACCAGAUGUUCCAUGUUAAAGGAGCACAAGCAAUGGGAACGAUUGCAGCACACGUUCCUUAUGGUGUUGCUCAGAAAUACAACAAAAGCACCCCAAUAACUGAACCUUCAAAGAAAAGUUAAUCUUGAGCAGGAUAAAAUUACUGUGCGCGUGUGUAUGCGCAUGUGCGUGUGUGUGUGUAAGUUCAGCCAAUUUACACUUGUGCUGCAUUAUUCUAUGCUAUCUAGAAGUGCAAUGUGAAAAAAAGUCAAUCCUGGUCAAAAUUUGGCUUUAUUCAGUGGGUCUACUCAACAAAGCACUUAUACACAUUUUGACCUCUUUCACAUUUUCUAGUAUUGCAACUCAAUUUUUUAUGCUGUCUAACUUAAAUGCAGGAGAGCUGCAUGAAAUAGUCAACUUAAUGUUUUCAUAUUGUAUUUAAUUUGAGCACAGAAGCCUUGAAGCAGUUUUGUUCACAUAAAAAUGCACAUUUUGCAUGACUUUCCCUUUGGAACCGGAACUAUUUAAAAUUAUUUGAGAUAGCUUUUCUUUAAAAAAACCAAGUAAAGUUUACAGAAUGAUCAGGUUAUCACUGAAGUUUUCCUAUUCUGACAGCAUUUACAGAGAGAAAUCAGAGGUAACAUUUCAGGUUGAGUGACCCUUCCUCAGGGGAAGUUCUGAGGAAGGGUCACUGGACCCGAAAAGUUAACUCUCAUUGUUUUCUGAAGGUGUUGCCAAAUCUACUGAGCUUUUCCAGCAAUUUCUGUGUUUGUUUCUGAUUUGCAGUAUCUGUAGUGCUUUCGGUUUUUACCAAAGUUUUCCUAUCUUGUGAUGAAUUGUGCUGAGUACUUGACCUUGAUUUUUUUUUAUAAGUGUAAUUGAUGAUCAGUGUUUUCCCAAGUGCUGGGCAAACCAGUUCUGCAACGUGUGAUGAGAUCUCUCAUUCAUGGCAGUAAAGGGCUAAAUGCCUGCUUUUAGUGUGGGUAAGGAAUGAAUCUUUCUUGACAGUAGCAAUGUGGUGAAUGGUGCACUUCUGGCUGGCAGUCUGCUCAUGUUACCUACUGUUGAAUCUCUUCUCCUCCCCACAUUGAGGCCUUCAGUGACCGUGCAGCACCUGAGAAACAACUAUCAUGUGACUCAUCCCUCAAUGUCCCAAAUUCCCUCCUGCUUAAUCUUUUUCUUCCUAAAUGCUCAAUUUGAUCUUUGCCCUAUUUUCAUAGAGAAGAAAUUGUUUCUAUCUCGCUAAAUAAUUCUUUGUGUUUAUCAGAUUCUGUUGUUCAAAUGGAAGAAGCUUCGGUUCCUCCAGUUCCUUCUCACAAUGAAUAACUCUGUUCCCUGUAACCAUUACUCAGCACUACUGGUCUUAAACAGGUUUUGACACUACAUUGCAGUUGAUGUUAAGUUGGAGAAAAGAGUUUUAUGCAGCAUAUGUGCUGGGAACACAAGAAAACAAUGGGUAUAAGUAUGAUUGAGGCCAAUGAUGCACAUUAUAUGUGAAUAUGUUUUGAAGUCCCACAUAAAACCAUAUAUUUUCAUUAUUUUCUCUUCAGUAUACUAACAAGCGGCAAUGAUCCUAGAAUUCUGAAAGACUGGGACUCAUGCCUGUAAUCCGUACCAAUGUUCCCCUGUCCAAUGCUGUGAUCAUUACAAUAUUGCUCUUUCCUCUUGUUGUACAUCAGAUCUGCCAUCCAUUUUAUUGCCUGCAGCUGCUUGUAUGUUUACAUUCAUGAUUAUCUCACAACAUACGGUUUUAAAUAUUGCAAUAUGUCGGCAGAAGUCAAGUGCCCAUGGUGCAGGAUGCCAUUACACACCAUUCAGGGAGCUUGAAAAGACUGUCCAGAAAUUAAACAGUGAAUCUUGGAAAAUAAUCCCUGAUUUCCUGUUUUUUAUUUUGGAUUGUAAAAUGAAUAGUGCAAUUGAUUCUAAAAGUGAUAUAAUUUGGAAGUGAAUGUUUUGAAUGAAUGCUAGAUGAUGGAUUUGUUGAGAUAUGUGUUUUUUAAUCUUUUGCAUUCGGAAUGCCUGAGAUUGUUCAGUAAAUCAAAUGUGUUGGACAUUC